AGUCUCCUACUCAGGAUGAUGAAAGUCCUUAGUUAUAUUUUAGUUUAUCGCCGGCUUCUCCUUGUAGUUUUCACGGUCUUGGUUUUACUGCCAUUGCCAAUCAUCGUUCGCACCAAGGAAGCAGAAUGUGCCUACACACUCUUUGUCAUUGCCAUAUUUUGGCUUACAGAAGCUUUGCCUCUGUCAAUAACAGCUUUACUGCCUGGUUUAAUGUUUCCACUUUUUGGGAUCAUGACUUCUAAGAAGGUGGCAUCUGCUUAUUUCAAAGAUUUUCAUCUACUGUUAAUUGGAGUCAUCUGUUUAGCAACAUCAAUAGAAAAAUGGAAUUUGCACAAAAGGAUUGCCCUGAGAAUGGUGAUGACAGUGGGUGUGAACCCAGCAUGGCUGACAUUGGGGUUCAUGAGCAGUACCGCCUUUUUAUCCAUGUGGCUUAGCAACACCUCCACGGCUGCCAUGGUGAUGCCCAUUGUUGAGGCUGUGGCACAGCAGAUCAUCAGCGCGGAAGCCGAGGUCGAGGCCACUCAGAUGACUUGUAUCAGUGGAUCAGUCAACCAUGGACUGGAAAUUGAUGAAGUUGUUGAAACAAAUGAGAAGAAAGAGAAACCAAUACCAGCUCCAGGAUACAGUAAUGAUGCAGGAAAAAUUUCAAGCAAGACAGAGCUGGAAAAGAACUCGGGUGGGGGAACCAAGUAUCGAACAGAGAAGGACCACAUGAUGUGUAAACUUAUGUGCUUGUGUAUUGCUUACUCUUCUACCAUUGGAGGAUUGACAACCAUCACCGGCACUUCUACCAACUUGAUCUUCGCUGAGCAUUUCAAUAUGCGCUACCCUGACUGUCAUUGCAUUAACUUUGGAUCAUGGUUUAUGCUCUCCUUCCCGGCUGCUAUUAUUAUUCUGUUAUUGUCCUGGAUCUGGCUUCAAUGGCUUUUCCUAGGAUUCAAUUUUAAGGAGAUGUUCAAAUGUGGCAAGACCAAAACCGCCAAACAAAAAGCUUGUGCUGAGGUGAUUAAACAAGAAUACCAAAAACUUGGGCCACUGAGGUAUCAGGAAAUUGUGACCUUGGUGCUCUUCAUUGUAAUGGCUCUGCUGUGGUUUAGCCGAGAUCCUGGGUUUAUUUCUGGUUGGUCUGCUCUUUUUCCCAAGUAUCCUGGAUUUGCUACAGAUUCAACUGUUGCCUUACUUAUAGGAAUCCUAUUCUUUCUUAUCCCAGCUAAGAGAUUGACUAAAACUACACCUACAGGAGAAAUUGUUGCUUUUGAUUAUUCACCACUGAUUACUUGGAAAGAAUUCCAGUCAUUCAUGCCCUGGGAUAUAGCCAUUCUUGUUGGUGGAGGGUUUGCCUUGGCAGAUGGCUGUGAGGAGUCAGGACUAUCUAAGUGGAUAGGAAAUAAAUUAUCUCCUCUAGGCUCCUUACCAGUAUGGCUAGUCAUUUUGAUAUCUUCUUUGCUCGUCACAUCUUUAACAGAGGUAGCCAGCAAUCCAGCUACCAUUACCCUUCUUCUCCCUAUAUUAUCUCCAUUGGCUGAAGCCAUUCAAGUGAACCCUCUUUAUAUUUUGUUACCUUCUACUCUGUGUACUUCAUUUGCAUUCCUCCUUCCAGUAGCAAAUCCGCCCAAUGCUAUUGUUUUUUCCUAUGGCCAUCUAAAAGUUAUUGAUAUGGUUAAAGCUGGACUUGGUGUUAACAUUGUGGGUGUUGCUGUGGUGAUGCUGGGCAUGUCCACCUGGAUUGGGGCUAUGUUUGACCUCUCUACUUAUCCUUCCUGGGCUCCUCCACCAGUCAGUAAUGAGACUAUGCCAUGACAAGCAUGAAUCCCAUGACUGACUGUCGUAUGGCCCACGGAACAAGGGAUGGAAGACAAAACAAGGACCCAAGCAAGUUGUGGGUUGAGUGGAAAACUACAUAUUAUGAGGAUCUCAAAGGACUAUUCUCUGAGAAAAUGUGAACCAGGAGAAAAAAGUCCCAUGCUACAAAGGGAAACAUCAAGAGGACCUUAAUGUUUUGGUCUAUGCACUGGGUAGAAGGGUAAAAUCUCCCUUGAGAAUUCGUAAUUGUGCGGGUUAUGUGCCUAAAGUCUGAAUACCAGUGUAUGUGGGGGGAAAAAAAAACCUUAAUCUCAAACUUUAAAACAAUCCUGGGUUGGUAAUGUGCCUAAGUACCUGGCAAAAGAAGGAACACCUUCUUCAACCUGGGGCUCGAAGAAUUACUAAAGUUAAAUCUCCAUGAGAAAUGGUAAUCAAAAUUUGUGAAGUCUGCCAAGACAUAAAAUAUACUGUUCAAGAGCCACAUAAACAAAAGAGACAAUCCAAAGUAUAGACAACAGAUAUUCUAAUUGUCAAAUACAGACUAUAAAAUGAGGAAGUGUGUUUGAAAAUAUAAAAGAGGGUAUUGGAAAUACAAUAAUAGUGGUAGGCAAAAUUCUAAAAAUGUCUCCCUAUGAUUUCUGUCUCCUGAUUAUUCAAACACUAAUCUAGGUACUGCUGUGAGGGAAUUUUGCAGAUAUAAUUAAGACUAUUAGUCAGCUAGCCUAAAAAUAUGCAGAUUAUGCUGGAUUAUCCAGGUGGUGCUAAUAUGAUCCUUAUGAGCCUUUAAAAGCCAAAAGAGGAAGGUGGAAGAGUCAAGUGGGUAAGAUGAGGCAAUGGGAAAUCAGAGAGUUUUAAAGCAUGAGAAGGACUGGACUCAUUAUUGGUGGUUUUGAAGACAAAAGGAGUUUUAAGCCAGGGAAUGCGGAAAGUCUCUAGAAGCUGAGAAUGACCCCUGAUUGAAACCCAACAAGAAAACAGAGGCCUCAGUCCAGCAGGUGCCUGGAACUGAAGUCUGCCAACCACAUGGGAAGCCUAGAAGUAGAUUCUCCUUAAGACCCUCCAGUCAGGAACGCAGCCUGCCAGAUACCUUGAUCUUAGUCCUAUGAGACUUGUUUUGGACAGGUCUGUUCAUCUACAGAAUUUUUAAAUAAUAAUGACUGCUGUUUUAAGCACUAAAUUUUUAUGUUUUGACAACAAUAGAAAUUAAAUAUAAUAAGGAAUGAGAGACUAUGAAAAGUGACCUGAUAGAUCUGAAAAAGUAUUGAAUAGAAAUUUUAGGGGCACCUGAGUGGCUCAGUGGGUUAAAGCUUCUCCCUUCGGCUCAGGUCGUGAUCCCAGGGUCCUGGGAUGGAGCCCCGCAUUGCAAUCGGGCUCUCUGCUCAGCAGGGAGCCUGCUUCCUUCUCUCUCUCUACCUGCCUCUCUACUUGUGAUCUCUGUCUGUCAAAUAAAUAAAUAAAUAAAAUAUUUUUAAAAAAGAAAUUUUAGAUAUGAAAAGUAUAAUAUUCUAAUUUCGCUCUCAGGUCCCCAUUUUUCUUGGCAGCACAACACUUCAUCUAAUUAAAUCCAAGUCAAAUUCUCCACUUCAGUGUUUUAACUGAUUUCAGAGUUUAACUUAGUCAACUUAGUUUUUGUUUUUUAGAGCCUCUCUCUUAUUUCCUUCAGUGUAGGGUUUUAUCUAAGUUUUAUAGACUGUACAUAUGAAACUCUAACUGGGCAGCUAAGAUGCAUCCAGUCUCUGCAUUUAGACUGGCUUCCACUGAGAGAUACAGUCCUCUGAAGUGUACAAUUCCCAUUGGUUUCAUCAUUCACUUCUGAUUUGAGGAUCUACUCAUGCGACUCACAUCAUCCCUGAAAUCAGCAUCUCUUCAUCGCAACCACAGCCCUAUUGAUCCACCACUGCAAGAGCUUACAGGACUUUGGAUGCUCUCUGCUUCUCUCUGGGGUCCAAGCAGUCUUAGGAGGAAGGUGUGUCUAAGCCCCAGCUGUGCUUAGAUCCUCCUUGCCAUUGGCCUGACUCUUCUGCAGGACUCCAUGUUAAGUGCAAGGGAAAGAGAGCCUAUAGCUCACAUCUUAUACCCAGAAGAGUCAGUAUAUUAAUUAAUUCAUGGCACAAAGAAUGAAUGUAACCUAUAACCACAGAACAGAACACAUCAGCCUAGCUCAAACAGAGACCAAAACCAUUGCCUGUCUAAAGCAGUGUUUAUGAUCAUAGGAUCUAGAGGGUGACUGGCAGGACUGAAUUCCUGUUCUACCACUCACCCAUCUCAUCCUCAGAUAUGUUAGUUAACCUCUGUAUGCUGCACUUUCCUCAUCUGAAAAUGGGCCUCUGGAGGCAGAAAGAUAUUUUCAUAGAGUUAUAAGGAUUAAAGGAGUUAAUACACAGAGAACACUUAGAGCAGUAACUGGCCAUAGUACAAGCUCAAUAUUAGAUUGCAUUCUUAUUAAUGUAUCAUUUUUAUUCCUUAUGAUGUCACCCAGAAGUAAUUGCACUCAUAUAAUCACAGCCUUGGUCAAACUCCUUCUUCAGAAGACCCUUGGCCAGGAUCUCAUUGAAACCUUAGAUUUAAGAUAGAAAAGUUACUCCUAGCUUAUAACACCUAAGGGAGAUUUCCAGAGAAUCUUUCCAUUUUUACCCAAUUGGUUCUUGAUUGAGAGAGAACACUGGAGGUAAAACAGUGAAAAAAGUAUGUAGCUUUUAAAAUCAGUCUCCAUUUAUACAAUUCAGCACACACACAAAAAAUACAGGAAAAUUAGGCACUAUAUACAAUACUACAAACCAAGUUCAAUAACUCUUUGAAAUAAUGUGGCAUGUUGGUAUCGAAUGAGCCUCUCACUCCAUUAAAUGACUCUCAUCAUUAGUUUUCACUUCAGGGAUUUUCAAAUAGUUCAAACCCCUCCCCACAACCCCACCCCCGCGUUGCCAGUGCUCCCUGGAGCCUUGUAUACAGGGUUGUUGAUGAAUCCUGACAGCUGUAGUUCUGCACACCUCCUGAGCUGAGCGUAGCCUCUGACCUCCCCGCAGCAGCACAUCUACGGCUGGGCCACUGAGUCAGACGCUAUGCCUUUGUGGAUAUCAUUCUGUACAAAGUAUGCAGUGAAGAUUACCAAAAUACCAGAAAUGUCACGUAGCGUCCUUCUCCAUUCCAAGAAAAUUUAUGUGCUUUUGCAUCCAUGUGUAAUAGCCAGCAUAGCCAUUAUUUUUCCUUAUUUAUUCUAAUUGCUUCAUUCUGUCCUUUUUUAUUUAGCAUACCUUUCUUUCUUGACACAUUGUCUUUCUUUUUUUUUUAAGGCAAAUGUGUUUGGACUUCUCAGAAAGUCAGAUACUAUGUUUGUUCUAAUUUCAAGAAUAGUGGUCUCUUACAGUGCUUCUACACAAAGAAAUUACAAAUACACAUCUACUCCAAGUUCUAUUAUUUUGGCCUAUGAAUAAAUUUUCAAAUAAAGCAUGAAAAUGACAUACCUUAUAUUUUGUGCAGUGACUUUCAAACUUCAAGUCAUCUUGAUAGAGAAUGGGGGAAAUUUUUGGUGGAAACGCUUAGGGAAGAAGAGAUGUUUUUGAACAAAGAAAGUUUGAUUUAUCUUAAAAUGACUGCCAUGAAAUUGGCUUCUGGUUUGAAGAAAGACCUUAAUUCCUCAAACAAUUCUAUAUCUGUUAGAUGCUGGCCUUCCAGACCAGUUUCCUUCCUUCCUUCACACUUCUUGAUGGAGUUUAGGGACUUUCAUCACUUUAGACAAUUAAAAUAAGCUGUGUACCAGAAGGAAAAUGUUUUGAGACUAGGACAGGAACCCAAUGAACUCUCGUCAUAACAGAUAAAUCAACUUAGGAAGAAUUGACAUCUUAAAAAUUUUGAGUCUCCUGAUCUAUGAACACAUUGUAUCUCUCUAUUUAUUUAGGUAUUCUUUAAUUUCCCUGAGCAAUGUUAUAGAGUUUUCAAUGUACAGUCUUAUUCAUCUUUAAACACAUUUAUCCCUAAGUGUAUCAUAUUUUUGAUAUUACUGUAUUUCAUUUUUUUAUGUUAUUGUAAGUGGUCUUGUUUUUUACCUUCAUUUUCUGAUUAGUAGUUGCCAGGAUUUAGAAAUGCCAUAUAUUUUUAUAAAUUGAUUCACUAAGCUAAUUUAUUAUUUCUAGUUGGGUUUUUUAAAUAGAUUUCAUAAAACUGUGUACAUAAUGCUAUCUUCUGUGAAUAAACUCAGUGAUAUUUCAUCCUU